CGAUUUUAUGCACACAGUAUUAAUCAAUUUUGCCGCUGUGAGGUUGGACUUCAAUACACAGAUGUAAUAAAAUCACGAUUGUUUAUUUCAACUAUUUUUAAAUGUACACGGUCAGUGUCAUUUAAAUCCGACACUUGCUAUCAACUGAACCGUGAUUUCGCAUCGGGUACAACUUUAUACUGAGGUGACGAUAUCUUUUAUUUACAUGUGAAUUAUCAGUGGAUGCACAUAUAUAAACUUUUUAGAUAUUCUGUGUUUUAAAAAUGACCGAAGAAGCAAAAACGGGAGGGAAAAAUGUAGUCAUAGCUAUGGAUGGAAGCGAACAUUCCAAAUAUGCAUUUAAAUGGUUUGUUGACAAUUGUAGAAAGGAAGAUGAUCAUGUUUACAUCGUCCAUGCAGUGGAGAUGAACGAAAUGAUCUCGUCACAACAGUUCUCGUCUCCAUAUUCAUUUGAUCCAGAUGUGCUAGCGUCCAUUUUGAAGAAAGAAAAAGAACGCGUAACACAAGAAUUACAACAAUACGCUGCGCUACUUACUGAAUCUGGGGUUAAUGGAACAGUAAAAAGCGUUCAUACUACCAUACCAGGAGAAGGUAUCGUAAAAUGUGCUGCAGAACUAGACGCCGCCAUUAUUGUAACCGGAUGUCGUGGUUUAGGCAAAAUUCGGCGGACUUUGAUAGGAAGUACAAGUGACUAUAUUCUUCACCAUGCCCACGUUCCAGUUGUGAUUUGCCGACAUCCACAUUGAUAGACUAAAUUAAAAGAGUUGUCGUUCUUAGUAUACUGUAUAUUUCAUACCAAUAUAUAUGGUUAAAAAAAUGAAAAGUUUGUUCAUGAACAAAAACAAAAGUUAUGUGUUUGUAGAGCACUGCAGAAUUUAUUAUUUUCAAGUGUUUUCGCCUUGGUAUAAAAACAUAUGGUAUUAAACUGCAGUGAUAAACCGCUGACACCAUAAGUCAUUAAAACUUAAAUAAAAAAUAAACUAUAUAUAUGAUAUAUAAAACCCCAAUAGAAUUUAGCCUGUCCCAAGGCCGGAGCCUGUAAUCCAGUGCUUGUCGUUGGUGGCUGCCUUUCAUAUUUGGUUUUUCGUUUUCUGUUUUGUCAUACAUCAUUUAGUUUUCUCGUUUGAAUCGUUUUACAUCCUUUCAGGUCGUGGAUUUUAAUAGCUGACUAUACGGUGUGGGUUUUGCUUAUUGUUGAAGAUCGCGAGGCGUUGUAUAAUUGCUUAUACGCAUGUCAUAUGGACACUGGUGGAUAGUUGUCUCAUAGUCAAUUCAUACCGCAUUCUUAUUAUACAUAUCUUUAUAGUC